AUUUCUGCUCGUGGGAGCGGUCGUGUUCUGCGCUUCUCUUCUACCAGUUAUCUAUAGUUAUUUUUGAAGCUGGUCCUGGGAGAGAUGCCGCGUCCAAAUAGAGCUUCUUCCAAGGGAAAGGAAAAAGAUGCCAGUCAGAAGGCAGGCAACAAAUACAAAGAAGAAAGUGAGAGUAGUGACUCUGAUGAAUGGGAUGAAGAAGAAGAUCCAGACAAUAUGAAUGUCCCAGGGGGGGGGACAAACCUUGGUGUGCUAAAGGGAGAAGAAAAGCCGUUGAAAAAAGAGCCCAGUGGCACACUCUCCUCUUUAGGUGCCAGUAGCUCAGGUCUCACUCUUCAGUCUCUGCUUGCUGCACCACAUGCAGACCUUAAACCCAAGCCAGAUCUACUGAGUGCAGCUCUGUCUUCCUCAGGGCUAGAAGGUAUGGCUGGUGCUGCUGGGCUACAAAAUCGUGCAGCUCUUCAACAACAGCUAUUGCAGCGAGGUCUUGUAACAAAAGCUGCAUAUACUCCAGGAUAUCAAGUCCUUCGCCCUGAUGGCCACCUGCAACCUAGGGGGGUCGAGUCAUAGUGUGUGCAUGUGUGUGUGCUUACGUGCGUAUGCUCGCACCAUAUUUAGAUCUCCACAAUGCAAAGAUACGAGAUAUAUCUGUAAGUCUUGUGAAACACCACUGUGCCUUAUGUCUUGUUUUAAGGAAUUCCACUGCAAAAAUCAAGUAGCAUCUACAUAUGUACCUAUUUUUGAAACAGUAAAAAAUUGAAGGAAAUGGAAAUGUUAGUUUACAUAUAUGAACAAAAUUGUUUUGUGGAAUUUUAUUUGAUAAAGUUUGAGCACUAAAGUAAUAAGAACCAAUGUUUGUGGAAAACCAUGUUCUAAUGUCAGUAACUGAAAAGAAACCCAAAAAAGAGAAAAAUGUAGAGAGAAAACUUUUAGGCUAUGCAGCAAUACCUGCUGUUGCCAUCAAAUGCUCCAUGACCUUCAAUUUAGUGCCAGUGUAAUUCCAUAAAUACUGGACCAAUUUCAUUCAUUUUGGUCUUACUACCUAUAGAAAAAUAUACUCUACUAUUUUUGAAUAACUUUUUGUUUUGUUUUUAAAUCAUGACACAGAAAGGACAGUUAAUUUUGGGAGCUGUGACAGUUGAAAUAUAACAAAUGUAAUACUAUAAUACAUUAUAAAUGUUUGGCAUUUAUGAAGGCCAUGAAACUUGACAAAGAAUUACAGUAUUAUGUUAUUUAACAAGUUAGCUGGAUUUGAGUUCUGGAAUUAGGAAGUACAGUGUCUACUCUGAAGGUUGGGUGGAGAUGUUGCUGAGUGUCAUUUGAAUUGUGAUGUUUGUGUACCUCUAGAAAGCAAGCUAUUGAAUAGCUGCUGAUAAAUGUGUUUCCUUCUUUGGGUUGCCCUUGAUGGGAAAGGACAAGUGUGAUACGAAAGAAAUAAACUGUGUUAAUUACACUAGCAGUUGAGGUUCCAUAUGGGUGACGAAGCUUCAGUAUAAAAAGCAGGACCAAGGCUGUGACAAACACCAUCUUCAAUGGAUAUCCAAUUUCUUUGUUAAUGUUUUGGAGGUUUCUUCAACCAUCAUCGGAAUGUUAAAAUCUUCUUUCAACAAACUGGCCAUAUCCAACCAAGGCAGGUGGCCCAAAAGGAAAAAUGAAAGUUUCCCCUUUUUAAAUUUAGUAAUGUAUAUUGGAGAAGGGGUUUCUAGCUAGCCCCUUGCUCCCGGCAUUUUAGUCGCCUCUUACGACACACAUGGCUUACGGAGGAAGAAUUCUGUUCCACUUCGCCAUGGAGAAAAAUCUAAAUAUUUUACAAUAAAAGUAAGAAAUGAUUUUAAAAAACAUUUAAAAUUGUCUACAUUGAGAAUUGGGUAAAUGCAACUAAGAUAAUUCAAUCAUUAUUAUUUACAUCAGACUAUUGUAAAUCAUAUUGGUUGAAUUAUCUUAGUGACAUUUCUCAGUUCAUGAUGUAGACAGAAUUUUAAAUGUUUUUAAAAUGGUUCCUUACUUUUAUUGUAAUAUAUUUUAGAUUCUGAUGAUGGUUGAAGAAACAUCUGAAAUGUUAAUAAAGGAAUUAGAUUUCCUUAAAGGAAUGUGGAAAUUAAUGAAUAAAAUUUUUCUAGAUUGAAAGAUUUAGUAGAACUUAGAAUAACUUCAGUAAUAAAUAUAUAGUAUGUCGUAGUGAACAGUGAAGAAUUGUUUAAGCACUGCAACUCAUAGGAAGUUUUGUUGAGAGUGGUACAUUAGAAGCUCCAGCUGGCUUGGCUGUGUACAGUAUUACUGUACUCUAAACUCUCAUAGGUCAGUUAAGUUGCUUUCCUGUAGCUCCUGUAACAUUAAAAAAUGAAACUUUUAGUGAAAUAUUAUAUAUGACAUAUAUGGAGGCAUUUGCAAAAAAAAUAAAAAAAAAUUCUAUCCUUUAUGAUGCAGUAAUAUAUUACAAUUAAGUAAUGUUAUAACUAUAAAUAUUUUGAGUAUAACUGAAGGCAAGAAGUUUUUGUGUACACUUGAAACACUGAUAUUAUGGUUAAGAAAAGUUUACAAAAGUGCUUCUAGUAUGAUUAGUUUUUGUUGACAAAAAAAUAAUGUACUGUAUUUCAGUGAAAAGAGUAAAAGCAAACAUAAAGUACUGUACAGACUCUGAAGAUUCCAACAUGAGAAGAAUGUGAAUGUAUUUGAAGAUCUCUUAAUUAAGAAUUUUACUUUAUGUAUUUGUUGUCUAGCAAGAAAAUGUUUUUAGUGUUUAUUUUUAGUUUCAAAUAAAAAUGCUCUCUUUAUUUC